CAGUGACGUGUCAAUCCUGAGACGAUGUCGUUGCUAGGUGAUGCGACGCUCUCAGACUCACACACUCGCUUCCUGGUGCCGUUUCAUCUCCGUUAUAGAUAAUCUUGUGCUUUAAAAUGAUUGUUUAUAUGUAAAUGCGUAUAUAAAGGAACAUGUCAUCAACGCUAGAAACUCUCUUCUCAUUGGAACUGGUGAUCGAUUACGUCCGCGUCGAUGGAUCACGUGGCAAUGUUUUGGAUCUUGCAGUGGGAGUCCGCUUGUUAGAUUUUCCCACACUUCUCAUAUACCAAUCAGGACAAGAGGAUUUCUCAUCUAAAUCAGGCUAUACUGACCUGUGCUUGUCACCUGAGGCUUUAUCUCAACCCGACGAUGGAGACAAUCUGAAGUAUUCCUUCCAUAAAGGCAAAUCCUGUCUUUUUAAGAUGAAUUUGCACUCGUUACACACCCAUCUCCUAAACACCCCUCUCUACGCAAUGGUAUUGGAUGUAAAAGAUGAGAUUCCCAAACUUAUAGGAAGCUCCUUGAUAUCCCUGGCUAAAGUGAUGGAUAGAAUUAAACUGGAUGUGGAUAAACAUGGUAUUGGCACUCCGAGCGCUCAUGGAGAGAGACUGUUCACCCCAAUCUGCAAUCUGAUGGGACACAGCAUCGGUGCCAUUUCUCUGGCUUAUAAGAUAGUAAGUCUAGGAGCGAAUUUAAUCCCUCACAUCCCAGAUAACAGAGUCUAUGAAGUCGGCCUGACCCAUGGAAAAGGAGAAGAACUCAAGUCAGUGCAUUCAGAAUGUAAAAGUUUGGUGUAUACUGGAAAAGAUGCGAUGUCUGAGAACAAUCCUGGGAAUGUUCUCACACAAGAUGGAUGGUCAGCUGAUAUAGUGAUAUCAGAAGACAAGCAUCCAGGGCUUCCAGCGUUCACUCAGACUGAACAGAGCGUCUCGUGGUCUGAAGAAGCACAAGAACACACCACUUUCUGUCCUCCACCUCUGUUUUACAGCUCCGGCCUGAAGAGCCAACAGGAGAGGACAAGCUUUACAGGGUUACAUGCAGCAAUGGAGAGUCUUGAUUUAGAGGAUCCAGAAGAUAAUGAAGAAUCAUCUGUCAUGCAUGAGGUUCCAGAGAUAACAUCUGCAAAGGUGGAAAGAUUGAGCAAGUCAGCUUUAACUCCAGGAUCACAGCAUAAAGAGACUGAUUCAGCUCCACUUGGGAACGUUAUCAGGCAGUUACCGCUGCUGAAUGCUUUAUUAGUUGAACUAUCACAGCUUCACGGAGAGAUGCCACACCAGCAGCCGUUAUCCAUCCAUCCUAACCUGGCGUGGCUGUACACAUCAGCACAGGAUCCGUCAGAGCCUGAGGAUCAGAAAACUAUCAAAGCUAGUCCUAAACAGAGACCUGGACAAUGCAAGAUCAAAUCAGUGAAGAGUGCAAGUGGUGCAAAGAAAAAUGAAGAAAAGUUGCAACCUAAAAGGACGCUUAAAUAUGGCUUGACAAACACUUUUCGUCUCAGACUCAAGCUGGUCAAACCAGGCCUCACCAAACGGCACGAAUGCAUCGAAUACCAGAACAUAAAACAGGACCAGCCAAUGAGACAGGCGUCAUCUGACCAUAAACGUGUCCGGAAGUCAGUUUACAGAGGUGUCAACUUAGAUGAAACUACAUUAGUUAGCAGUUUUCAAAUGGAUCCAACACCAGUUAAAACAGCAUCAAAAUCACAAACAAGACCAAGUUCAAAUGAAAGUAAUGUUGCAUCCUUCAGAGAGGCGACUUUGACUGAGAAAGACAAAAAAGUUGGAGUUCAUAUUCCAAGUGCGCUCAGUCAGUAUUCAGACCGUCCAAACUCAGAUCUGAGCAAUCCUGGCGUCCAGAGUUUUAAAGAAAGCAUCAGGGAAGAUAGUCGAGCGAGCAGCCGUCCUCACAGGUCAAGCCUGAGUAAUGAAGAGUAUCAGGACGACUUCACAAGCCUCAACACAACCGACGGAUACUCACCUGACCCGCUUAGCAGUCCAGAACCAAACAGGCGUAAAACAAACAACGCUUCGAGUGUUUCAAGUGCUUCUGGUCACAAUAAAGGUCUUCCGGUUCCUGUCCAAGCGGAGAAAUCUCCUCAACGGUCUGUCAAAGGCACACUGGUCAUCCGCCCGCGUGUGCAGACCUCGGCUCUGAGUCUGUCUUCAGACGACAGCGAGGACGGGUUCGUGUCCUCUAGCGUUAGACGUCGAAGACCUGGAUCACAAACCACUUCAUCUGUCCGGAGCAAAUCCCAGAGCUUUGGCAGUGACUCCGGUGAGAAGAGCCGGGAGUCAAAGGACUCAGAUUUACCUGUGCCAAAGUCCAGUUCAGACGCGGAAGAGGAACGGGACAGACUGGGCUCUCUGGGACUGGACAAGAAUUGCCAUCACAUCUCAGAACUGCUCUUCAACAAACUUCCAGGAUAUACACUGUGAUUAGACCGUGUUGAUCUGAUAAACUGCCAGAGAAAAAGAGUGAACGCUAGAAACCAGCAAACGGCUUCUUUAUAUUAGUUCAAUUCAAUAUGAAUAAUAUGUUUUUACAUGCAUAUAGACAUUCAUUCAUUGGCACAGUUAUUUGUGUGUUCAAAUACAGCUUCAAUAAAUAUUUAAUGGUUUUAUUAUUAAUUCAUAUAUUUGUAAUUGUUUGUAAGAAAUCCACAACAAUUUUUACAGCAAUAAACGCAGUUGUUGUUUCUAAAGUAGAACCUUGAAUAUAUUAGUAAAUGAUUAAUGAACCAAUGUAAAGUCAUUUAAUAUGGAUAAAAUGGGAAUAUGGAUUAUAUUGAAUGAAUAUUUGUUUUUAAUGAGAUGCGCUUUCAUGCUUUUUAUACAAAAACGAUGCCCUGUAUAAAUGCUUCAAUAUUUAAGUAUAACAGCAAUGUUGUAUUUGAUAAAUUUU